AAACUGCUCCCAGGUCAGCCACCUCAUCUCGCGCGCUGCCGGUGACCACGUGUCUCUUCCAAAAGACUGCCAUGUGGAGCAGCAAGAUGGCGUCGCAGUGGCGAUGCAUAGACGAGGCUUUAAAUACCGGUAACUUGGACUUUCUGAGCACUGUCACCCCGUGUCAGAUUGGCCCAUGCAGUGGGGAGGACAUGGACCCACAGUCCUGCAUGGAACACUCCAUCCUGGCCAUUUUUGAGGACUCCACUGUCUCAUCAGAGGACACAAGGCAAGCGGAGGAAGAGAACGAGACCUUGCUGUCUGCUUUAAGUCAAAUGUUGGACUGUGUGGGGGAUGACGUCAGCAGCACUCUUUCCCCGUUCGACACCCUGCCAGACACCAAGCUUCUCGCCUAUCAGCAAUGUCGGAACAGGACAACGGAUGAAGCAUCCUUGGCUAACAAAUUCACACCAAAAGGCGAAUCCCAAAGUUUGACCUGGAUUAAGAAGAGCGAUUCAGUCAAAGAAGAAAAGAGCAAAGUCGCCAGAUUGCAUCCAGUGUCGCGACAACGAAGCCAGACAUUCUCUCAAGCCCAAAAUAAGAAAUUAGAAAAUGAAGUGGAGGUCUUCACUUCCUCCUCCUUGGUCAACUUGGUGAAACUCAUGCACCCCUACUGCCUUAAACUGCACGUGGAGGAGGAGGUGGGCGACGGUCGACCAUCAGUUUCAUCCUGGGACAAAGUGCACAAACACCCGAUAUUCUCCCAGGAAGAAGUGUGGAAGUAUGAGAAGCCCAGCGGAGACAGCGAUGAAGAGAUCAAUGUUGUAUCAGAUGAUGAGACACCCCUGAAUGGGACAAAGGAGGAUGUCAAAAAAGGCGGCGACACCCGACGCAAAAGCGCACUGCUGAAUGGCAACUCAUCCGGGGUCUUGAUCCCCAGGGCAAAGAAAAGAGUGAGCUUUGGUCCCGUUCAUGUGGCUUCAUUUGAGCAGUCAGCGGAAUCUGCAUUCGACAAGAUAAAUCUCCCCAGUGGAGCCGCUGCAGAUACACUACACCACUCCGAAGCGCUCAAAAGUCCAGCUGAUCCAGAACCCACAGCACCAUCUCCAGAAGUCAGUAAAAAGGCUGAGGAACCACUGCUAAAAGGUGACGUGAAAGCCAAAUCGCUAAGCCUCCAAGAGUACAGACAGUUGAGACAACAAAGGCAGCCUCUGGUGGAGAAGCAGGGGAACUACACCACCAAGUGGCCCUCGCUUCCAGAGCUCCCCAAAGAACUGACCCCGAUUCUCUGCUCACAUGGAGAGACUCAGAACCUCUGCGGGCUCAAGUCUAAACUCCAUCACCCCGACUGGCGCAGACUCAGCACUUCUCAACCCCAAAGAGCUACUCCCAACGCGCCGCCAUUUUCCGUUCGGUGUCGUGGAUUCAAAUCUCUGCAAACUGAAACCUUCUCACCUCAUAGUCCACUUCCAGACCAGCGCACUGACACCGCUGUUUGUGGACCUGGAAGCAAAAAAAGUCAUAAAGUACACAAUCCAACACUGACCACCACAGAUCCCCCAAACCCGGUGUUACUCCCCUUAUCUGUUCCACGCCCCCCAUCCUCAUCCAGUCCUCACUCACCAGUGUCCUACAUUGAACCCGCAGCACCAACAUCUCCUGGUGAACCUCAGUCAUGUCAGGGAGUUGUGAGCGAGCACAGUGAGAAAACCAAACCGUGCCCCGUCAUGCUUCAAACCCAAUCCAGGAAACCACAUGAUGUUGUUGUUGUUGUUCCCGAGAUGGCUCCGUUAUCAAAUCCAGAUGCGUUGACUUGUGAAGCCACGCCAUCGUGUUGCAGUCAGCCCGUUAAGGAGGAGUUAGAGGUUCGCCGCACGCUACGGUCACUGCAGCUUGAAAUGACAGAGAAAACAACUCCAGCUGUGUCAGGGAUAGAGGCGUCUGAUCUUACCAGCUUGUUGGAACAGUUUGAGGAGAAACAAGCUAAAGAGGGUGAGCCACAUCCUGAACGUGAGCACACGGGCAACACUGGGAAUGCCGUUCAUAAGGAAUGUGAACCUGUCAACGUUUCAUACCCAAGAUUACCAAAAACUGCCACGACUUUGCCGGAUCCCCAGUUGGAAGACGUGGUCAUCCCCGAACCCCUCGGCACUGAAAUCAUCCUCAGCACUCAGGAAGCUCUCACUGGAAGACGGAAAACUCCUCCAUCCAAGACCAUUCAGAUCAUUGAGCCGCGCCCUCUGCUGGCCAGAAGGACUAACAAUUCAGACCUUGCUGCAUCUCCUCACACGUGUUCUUCAGUGGCUGCAGAUCAUGACUACUGCAUGCCUGCGGAUCUUUUGCAUACACAAGCCUCGUCCACUCUUCUCAGGAAUAUUCAUCAAGUUGAAGAGACCACCUCCUCUGUUGAAUACAAACAAGCUUCUGCGAUAUACCAGCCAUCUUCAUCCACGUGCACAGAUCUGCUGGACGGAGGUGCUCCUUCAUGUACUCCACUGACACCUCCACCCAGCCCCCCAAGCAGAGGACGAGAGAAGAGAAGGUAUCGGAGAAGAUCACCUCUCUCGGACAGCUCCCGUUCCUCUUCAUCAUCCUCCAGUUCAGCAUCCUGCUCCCCCAAAAGACAAAGGGUCGGCCGCAAGCGCUCAGGCAGCAGGUCAUGGUCAUCAUCCCCUUCUCGCUCCGUCUCCCGCUCCCCGCCUCCCCGGCACAGGCUGCCUUCUACGCGUUUAAGAUACAGCAGGUCAAGAUCCCCAUCGUGGUCUCGAUCCAGGUCCAGGUCCCCGUCUCCUUUCUCGAGGACUUGUCGUAACCACAGGAGUAACGUUUACAGGGAGUCCCGCAAGCUGAAGAGGGAGAAGGAGGAGAGGAUUCAGAAGUUAAAAGCGAUGGAUGAGCGCCGAGUGGUCUACGUCGGCCGCAUCCGCAGAUCCAUGACACAUGAUGAACUGAGGGAGCGCUUUUCUCAGUUUGGGGAGGUGGAGUGUGUGUCGCUGCACUUUAGAGAUAAAGGUGACCAUUAUGGCUUUGUCACAUUCUACAACAUGGAGGACGCCUUCGCAGCCAUUGAUAAUGGAGGGAAAUUAAGAAGGCCAGAUGAGCUGCCCUUCGACAUCUGCUUUGGUGGAAGACGACAGUUUUGUAAUUCCAAUUAUGCAGAUCUAGAUGCAAGCGGGGAUGCAGACCCGUCUCCAGCGAAGAGCAGGUUUCAGGAGCUUGACUUUGAUUCGUUACUGAAACGAGCCCAAAGAGGACGGAGGUAGCGGAGAAGAAAAGAAGCGAGAACGUCGUCAACCUCAAGAGCACUUUGCUCGCAUUUUAUGUAGCACACAUUGUAAUGUUUACUUUUUUCCCCUUACAUACUUUAUCACUUGUGCAUCGCACCAAUCACAGCAUGGAUUUUUAGUGGAACCUACUCAAAACCUUUGUUGCAUUCCAUAAUUGGAAAUUGUCUGUAUGGAAAAUAAAAGCUUUCUUUUGUAUGGCAAAAUUCACAC